GUUCUUCGCUCGUUUAGAACACGAGACUCUAAGCUGAUUGGAGGCAAGCUUGCUUUACGGCUCAAGGCCGCUUUUUACGGCAUUUUCCGGCUUCCCAUUCACUUCGCAGUGAAGAUGGCGUCAGGCAGUGGGACAAAAAACUUGGACUUUCGCCGAAAGUGGGACAAAGAUGAAUAUGAGAAGCUCGCCGAGAAGAGGCUCACGGAAGAGAGAGAAAAGAAGGAUGGAAAACCAGUGCAGCCAGUUAAGCGAGAGCUUCUCCGGCAUAGGGACUACAAGGUGGACCUGGAAUCCAAACUCGGAAAGACAAUUGUCAUUACCAAGACUACCCCACAGUCUGAGAUGGGAGGGUACUACUGCAAUGUCUGUGACUGUGUGGUGAAAGACUCCAUUAACUUCUUGGAUCACAUUAAUGGAAAGAAACAUCAGCGAAACCUGGGUAUGUCUAUGCGUGUGGAACGUUCCACCUUGGAUCAAGUGAAGAAACGUUUUGAAGUAAACAAGAAGAAGAUGGAAGAGAAGCAGAAGGAUUAUGAUUUUGAGGAACGGAUGAAAGAACUCAGAGAAGAGGAGGAAAAGGCCAAAGCCUACAAGAAAGAGAAGCAGAAGGAGAAGAAAAGGAGGGCGGAGGAGGACUUGACAUUUGAGGAGGAUGAUGAAAUGGCAGCUGUGAUGGGCUUUUCUGGCUUUGGUUCCACCAAGAAGAGUUACUGAGGCUUUCUAUGCUUGGCUUUUUGCUGGGCCUAACUGUGUGUGUGUGGGCGUCAUUUUGGGGGAGGUACUGGGGAAAGUUGGUAAGAGUGGCAAUGGGGAGGGCUAGAGGGUGGGUGUUUCUGGUUUUCCUCUGCCUUGGGAGAGAGCACAGAAUGCAAAGGAACAUGCUGUGGCAUAUUCCGUCAGCCUCAGUACAUCACUGGAGACACAGGACCUCUGACCAUCUGAUUUCCCAAUAAAGAAAAACCCCUCUUCUGAGGCUGCUUUCCCGAAACUCCCUUGAAUCUUUCCCUCUUCAUCUGUCCAUCUCUUAUCUGAGCAUCCUACAUUUAUCCUGUGUUCUGCCUUUGUUUUAAUUUUGACUCAGCCUACAGCAGAAGGGUUCUCUGGGUCCCCAGUUUCCAGUUGACAGUAUAUCCUUGACUCCCCCUUCCCGCCCCCCAACCUCUCUCCAUCUCCCUUGUGGUUCUCUGGCCACCUGUGCAUGCAUGUGUACUUCUGCCUGGAUCUGUGGUAUGUGCGGGUGCGUGUGCAUGAAUCUGUCACAUAGAGGGAGCCUGAGCUAGAGCCUCAAGAGCAUCACUGCCUUGGGGCCUGGUGUUCUCAGCUUCUUCAGAGCAUGUAACAGGAAAUUAAAUGGGAUGAGUGGUGUGGUUUUUGUUUGGUGAGUUUUUAAACUUUUGUUCUUCAUAUGUAAAAUCUGUUCAGCUUUUCCUAUUUGUUUCAUUUUAUUGAAGAUUACCCUGUUUUUGUCUUCCUUGUAAGCAGGCUCUUGGAAGAACCUGUUUGAUGCAAAAAAGAAAAAGGAAAAAACCUCAUAUGGGAGCCCUUGGGUCUCAGAGGCUGUUCAACAUGUAUAAUAAAUGACAUUGACUGGGCCUAUUUCACA